AUGCAUCAUUUGGGAGCUGUGAAGAGAAUCCUGCGCUAUAUUAGUGGGACAAUUGAUUAUGGGAUUCAUUACAGAAGAAAUGAAGAAUUCAAGCUUCUCGGCUAUUCUGACAGUGAUUGGAGUGGAUCGCAGGAUGACCGGAAAAGCACCACUGGAUGGGUGUUCUCACUUGGAUCAGGGGUCAUUGCUUGGAGUUCUAAAAAGCAAGCUAUCACUGCCCUGUUAAGUACUGAAGCGGAGUAUAUAUCUUUGACUGCAGCAGUAUGUGAAGCUGUAUGGUUAAAGCGCUUGCUGGAAGAUUUUGGUGAAAAACAGAGUACUCCAAGUGUUAUUGUUUGUGAUAAUCGAUCUGCGAUCGCUAUUGCUAAAAAUCCGAUUCUUCAUGGCCGGACAAAACAUAUUGAUGUGCGGUUUCACUUUAUCCGUGAUCUUAUAAAGGAUGAUGCAAUUGAAGUCAAGUAA